UAACUUGGUAUCAGAGCAGGUUUAGAACCUAAUAUUUUUCGCUUCACCGGCGGGCGGCAACCUCACCUUAGCCGUCCGCCGGACCUCCACCUAUUCCGCUUAUUUUCUACACAUACCUUUCCCAUUUCCAAUGUAGUGGACGCUCGGCACCACAUGCUGGGGAGGCUGGCUUCGAUUCUAGCGAAAGAGCUCUUGAACGGCCAGAAAGUGGUGGUUGUGAGGUGCGAGGAGAUAUGUCUUUCCGGAGGACUCGUCCGCCAGAAGAUGAAGUACCUCCGCUUUCUCCGCAAGCGCAUGAACACCCAGCCCUCUCAUGGCCCCAUCCACUUCCGAGCCCCAGCUAAGAUACUCUGGCGCACCAUUCGUGGGAUGAUUCCUCACAAGACUAAGCGCGGAGCAGCUGCACUUGGUCGUUUGAAGGCUUAUGAGGGAUCUCCAUCAACAUAUGCCCAAACUCCUCAAUCUCCAAUAUUCAGCCUGACUCCGGCUCCAGCACCGGCACCACCAUUCGUAAACCUCACGGCGUUACUCACAGUCACCGGCCCAUACCACACCUUCCUCACCUACCUUCAGUCCACCAAAGUCAUUGAAACCUUACAAAACCAAGCAAACAACACUGUGGAAGGGCUAACCCUCUUUGUCCCAACAGAUGCUGCUUUCUCAUCUCUCAAAAAGCCCUCUCUCUUUCACACCCCAAUCCCGACAGCACGCCACCGUCCCACAUGCACUAUAUGAUGAAACCCUUUUUUUUAAUCCAUCCACUCCCUCUCUCUCUGGUCUCUUUUUUCUCUCCAUCAACACACUGCAGCAGCAGAGGGAAAAGGGCCACACACACACAACACCCACGUGAU